UCAACACAAUUUGAAAAUUCUGGAAUACAAUUAAAAACCUAGCUUGAUUUUGUGCUCCAAUGGCGGAAGAAAAUCUCACAGCGUUAAACAAGUAUAUCGUAGGCUCCGUGCCAACAGUCUUUUACAUUCCAGAAUACGUCACCUCUGCUGAAGAACAACUCCUCUUGAAUAAUAUUUACCGAGCUCCGAUUUCCAAGUGGAAGUCUUUGAAGAACAGGCGACUGCAGAAUUGGGGAGGAGUUGUGCACGAGAAGGGUCUUCUCGCCCAAGAUUUGCCGCCCUGGCUAACAAAAGUUACACAGAGAAUAUACGAGGAAUCAACUUUGUUUCCCUCAGCUAUUAAUCAUGUGCUUAUCAACGAAUAUUUACCUGACCAAGGAAUAAUGCCACAUCAGGACGGACCUGCAUACGUGCCGGUUGUGGCAAUCCUCUCUCUUGGAUCGCCUGUUGUAAUGGACUUUGUUCCGCAUCCCAGUUUUGAAAAUGCCACAUGCACAUCAGAAAACGACACUGAAGAUAAAAAUUCUGAACCAGCACAUAUUGAGAUGAGUUCUGACAAGUGCGAGAGCAAAUACCUUCCCUUUUCCUUGGCACUGAUGCCUCGCAGCUUACUCAUAUUUAAAGAUAAGGCGUACUCAGACUACUUGCACGGUAUAAAAGAUUGCGCGAGUCAACGAUGUGAUGAGGCUGUAAAUGUUACUAAUGGUCUGAAGGUUGAUGGAGAAACUGGAGGCGACACUGUCAUCAACAGGACUGGUACCAGAGUUUCUCUUACAUGCCGGGUAGUGACGAAAGUUCGCAAAAAUUUGAUAAAACUUUCCGGAUAGAGCAAUAGAAAGAUGGUAACUACUGAACCUUUUUUAUGGAAAUUUUAUUUCGAUGAAUCAUAGGAAAGAACAGACGAUUAAUUUAGGCUUGAUUUAUUCCUAAUCUUUGUUGUUCGCCAGUUGUUCACUACGAGUUCAUACUUCUUAAGUGGUAUUUUUGUAGUACAAGACCCCUCCGUUUGAUUUUUGAUAUCUUUUGGGCGUCUCGUAGUGAUCAAAUCAUCAAAUUCAUAACAACCUAAUCAGUUACCAACUCUAUGUAUACUCAUAAUUAUCUGAUGAAAUUUGCCGGUAAGGAUUCUCUUAAUACCUAAA